UAUGAGCUCAGGGGAUUUUUCUGGCAGCUGGGAAUAGCUAGAAUGCAGAGGCAUUCUGGCCACCUCCUUUUCUUUGCAUGACAGAAACACUCCUUACAUCUGGAAGCUUGAGAAAUCCUAUGGCUGUCUUUCUAGCUCUGUGCUAUUAAGGUAUUUGAGGAAUAAUCAAACCAAAGUAAAAUCUCAAACUCUUUCAAACUGUUUCUGUUGCACCAGGAUGCCUGACAAAGGGAGAGAAUCAUCUGUCAGGAACUUAGCCAGCAAUAGCAUCUGUUCAAAUUCAAUUUGGAAAUGAAACUCAAAUGCCUGGACAAAACCCUAUAUAAUAUCUUUGAAAGCCAAAAUAGGGAAACAAUGAAUCAACAGGGUGAAGAGCUUGAAAAUACCUACUACUUUCUACAGUCAGUUUGUGCUUAUUGGGUUGCUUGACUUCAAGUCUGUAACAUGCUGUGUGUAAAAGUUGAUUUCCAAAUUGCAUGUGUUCAGAACAAACCUGAAACAAAAGCUUAUCCUGAAAAAAUAAAUCUGCAAAAGAUAGAAAAUGAAAGUGUAGUCAAGUGACUAAGAAAGAAAAAGGUUGUGAUGGCCCCUCUUGUUCAGCAACCAGACUUGACUUUUUUUUUUUUUAAAUCUGACCUUGUGUAAAAAUAGUUUCCAAUAAAAUCCACCUUCCUAAAAAACAAACCUGCUCUCAUAAAAUCCAAGGAUAUGUCAUUGUACAAAUGGGAACAAACAUCCCUUGCCAUGCAGGAUGAAAAGAGAAAGGACACAGUGGAACACUUGUUUACAGAGCACUUAUACUUCGCAUUUACAGUUUAAAAAAAAAAUCUAGUUUUUUCAAUCUUUAUGCUCAAUUUAAAAAAAAUCCAUUCAAUCUGUUACCAAUAGAAAGCUACUUAGACAAAUGGAAAAUAAAACUGCAGUCUUUGUGCAAUCAGAUUUUAAAGGCCUGAAAAUGAGUCCAUUAAACUGGAGACAAGAGGCUCUUCAAAACAUUCCUGUAGAUAACUGUCCUCUGUAUUCGGGGAGUUCCCGAAUCCUCUGAAUUACACGGGUUGUUUAGAGCCUAAUUCUGUACUCUAUUCACUAGUAAAUCUCCCAUCACUACACCUUUCAGGAUCGCACUCAUUCAUAUAGGGUUGUCACCUUUUCUAAUUGUUGGUAACCGGAUCCUUGAGGUCCUGCCCCUGUCCUGCUUCUUCCCCCGCAAGUCCCUGCCCCCAUUGCUUGCUCCUCUCCCAACCUUCUCAUGGUUGCUUGCUGGAUUGUCUUAAAGAGCCUGCCUGUAGGUAGGAGGCAACCCUGGCUCAACAGGGGCUGGUGUGGAUUAAUGACUGAGGGCCUCCUCCUGCCCUGCGGUAACCGGACUUUUAGUUCAGGUGCCAUUUAAGGUUGCCAGGUCCCCUCUGGACUGGACUUUCUGGUCAAAAACCAGAAACACAGCAACCCCCACAGAAGCCAAAAACCAGACUGUCUGGGUAAAACCCAGCCAGAUGGCAACCCUACACUCAGUCAUUAUUGGCUAGUGAGUCAUCUAAUCCAUCCCCAUGUAUCAGUUUCCCCAGGGAAGUGUGGAGAUAAAUAUUUCCUUUCACUGUUGGCAUUCAAAUGACAUCUACUGAACAGCAGAGAGCAGUUCACCAUGAUUUCAUUUUAAGUACAAGCGCAUAUGUCUUGAUACCUCCAAAUGAAACCAGAAGGAACCAGAUACAGAAAAUUGCCAAUAAAGAACUGGAGAACUUGGAGAGGUGGAAGGAACAGCACCGGCCAGGACCAAUUAACCUGAAACCACAGAAACUGGGUGGAACAGAAUCUGAGGCUGAAGCUAGGCAAAAACAACACAUCAGACUCCUGCAAUCUAAAUACCAGCAAAAGCUGAAGAGAGAAGAAUAUGCAAGAAUCAAGAAGGAGGCUGAAGAAGCUGAAAUCCUGACAAUGAAAAUGAUUCAAAGAGAAAAGGCUGAUAAAUUGGAAGAAAAAAGAAGGAAACAAGAAAAGCAAAGAAGAGAAAUGUUUAAUGAAGAUCACUAUUUCAAAACCACUGAACUAUUGGACAGAUUGGACUUGGGUUUGCCAAAGAGAAACUCCUAUCAAAUGGCUAAUCCUAGCCCAGAAUCUACAGCAUGGACUAGAAGCCACACUUAUAAGCAAAGCCUCCAGGAGGAUGAAAACAGAAGACUACAGGAAAUGAAGGCAGAACAACAGAGGAAGGGUGAAUUAUUGGAACUGAGACGAGAGCAAGAAGAGCAAGAAAGAAUAAAAGUGCGUCAGAAUGAACAGAGGAGGGUAAAUAAUGCUUUUCUGGAUCGACUACAAAGCAAAAGUCAACCAAGCGGCAUUCACCAAUCUAGCCAUUUUGAAAAUAUGGAUCAUUUUGCUUGUGACAGCUGGCACUCAAGAUAUUUUGAGUAAAAGAAUCAUACAAGCAAAAAAAGGAUGUUUGUGGAAUAUGUACUUUUAUCUGGCCUUGACCAACUGACCUUGAAAAAGCUCUAGGGAUGCUUUUUUCAUAAUGUUUUCUUGUUGAGCCUCACUUUACCCUGACUUCAACUUUACACCCACUUCAGUGAGCAGUCUUCAGUGACCGGUUUCUCUCUAUCAUUAUUCACGCAUAUUUGAGGCAGUUGAUUAUCAAAGUCAUAUUUAAUCUUUAAUGACUGUGAAAGAUUUCAUUAUAUUUUUUCAUAAUUUAUUUUGCAGCAUGCAAUUACAGCAGGAUCUCAUGA